CUGUUGAUUUUUUUUUUUCUUGCAAAAAUCAAGCGACUUUCUUUUUUCCUCAAAAUAGAUGCAAUUGUUUUCUACAAAAAGCUUUUUUUCCCCUCAAUAAAUACUUUUCCAUACUUUUCUCAAAACCCCUGUUAUAAAAUAUCAGACAAUCUAAUUGACCCAUUUGCUUUUUAAAACCAUUCUUCAAUUGGCUUCACAUGAGACUUAAGUAGCAGUUGUGUAAAGUGGAGAAUGGCCCACAACAUAACAGCAGGAUGUUGGAAUGGUUUGGAUCCACAUUUCGAGAUAAGUUGCUCAAUGAUGACCUAUCGUCUGGCACAUCAUUUCUAAAUGUUUGCUAGAAGUUUGCUGGUUAAAUGUACUUGCAGUACAUGUACUGUAUAUAGUUUAUGCCUACUAAUGCUUUGAAAACUUAAAAGUACUCUUAGCAGAUUUCCCUGUGGAGAAAUAAAAAUGUUUGACCAACGGUGGACAAUGCCAUUUCAUGUUUUUAAAAAUACAAGAAAACUACAUUUCUUUCAAAUCUAAACUCAAAAUAAUGAGUUUUUAAGAAAAUUCUCACCUUGUCAGCAUUACUGUCACCCAUGGAGAUUACACAUUUGGCUUUAGGCCACAACUUUUUUGUCACUCCCUCCAAAUCUGAGUUUGUCAAUCUGAGUUUCUGAAUGCAUAAUAGAACAUUUUUUAUGACUUAAUCUAAUCCCUUCUGCUCACUGACUGAAAACCACGUAUUUACAGUGAUUAAUACUUUUUUAACUCAUGAUGCGGGGAGAUUAAUAUGAAAACUCAAGAGUUAUUGCAUAAUAUUGUCCCGAAUAGUUUGGUAGGAACAGUUUAGCCCUCCCUGAUGCUACAGUAAAUACUUGUACAGUACAAACCAGAUACUGUCGAAACAUGGUGUGUAGCUCGUUGCUGAUUGGACAACCGUUUUCCCGCAUCAUCUGGCCAAUCGCUGAGCAGCACAACUGCUUAUAAAUACAAAGCGUGUCGCUUCUGGAACUACAUUCAAAAUUCAACUCAUCAGUAAGAAACUAUGUCUGGGCGUGGCAAAUCCGCCAAAACCAGGGCGAAGUCCAAGAGCCGAUCUUCCCGUGCCGGUCUUCAGUUUCCGGUGGGUCGUGUUCACAGACUUCUCAGGAAAGGUAAUUAUGCCCGACGGAUCGGCGGCGGCGCUCCCGUCUACCUGGCGGCUGUACUAGAGUACCUGACUGCCGAGAUUUUGGAGCUGGCCGGUAACGCGGCCCGCGACAACAAGAAAACGAGAAUCAUCCCUCGUCAUCUGCAGCUGGCGGUCCGUAACGACGAGGAGCUCAACAAACUCCUUGGCGGGGUCACCAUCGCUCAGGGUGGCGUGUUGCCUAACAUUCAGGCUGUUCUGCUGCCCAAGAAGACCGAGAAAGCCAAGCCUAAGUAGAGUUGUUCGUCACUUUCUGCGCCCCCACAAAGGCUCUUUUCAGAGCCACACAACUUACUCAAAGAGUGUCCACAUCUCUUAAUUCACAAAUCUGGAGCUUCGUUGAAUGGGAUUUGUAAUUAAAAUGUCUACUC